UUUUGUAACUUGCAUUGACGACCAAUGCCUACUCGCUUAGUGUUGUAGGCAAUGGCUGAUCUAUCUCUCUCUGACUCUCCUGUGUUCCCUCCACGGCUCGGCUCUUCUAGUCCUCGAGGAACUUCCACUCGUGACUGGGAGGAACUUUCUAGUGCAUUGUUGGAAGAUGGCUUCAUUCUGACAGCUUUGGAGCUGUACACAGAGCUCCUGGAAGCUGGCAAAGAUGUUGCCAGUUUGAGAGACUACUUUUCUAACCCUGGAAACUUUGAGAAUGCUUUUCCACAGUUUCCAACCACUAGCCUGCUCCACAGUAUGGUGCGUGCUUCGAGUCACUCUACACUUGAUUCAAUGGAGUUUGGUCACUAUUCUGAUGACCUGGACAAAGAUACCAAUGACAGAGUGGCUGUACUUGAGUUUGAGCUGAGGAAAGCCCUGGAGACUAUUAAGUCCCUCAGGGGCAGUCUCACCAAGGCAACUGGUAGAGAAGGAGAUCCCUCAAAGAAAGUCGUAUCCAAGUCGAAUGAGCCUAUCAAACCUCAUGAGAAGCGAGCUCUCAACUUCCUUGCUCACGAGUACCUCAUGCAGCAAGACAACAAACUGACAGCCAUCACAUUCACCGAGGAAAACGAUGAUCAGGACUUUGAUGACUGGGAUGAUGUGGGUCUGAACACCUCCAAGCCCCCAGACCUUCUUUGUCUUUUCAGGAACUACAGCGUCAUGCUCUCAGACAAGGAAAAUCUGAACAGAAUUGAAGCUCUGGAUGACCAGGUGGCUGCUCUGACAGGAGAAAACCUUGCACUCAAGAGGGAGACUGAAGCUCUGCUAGCCAGGCAGAAGAAAAUAAGCUUGAGCUCAUCUCCGAGUGUCAGGAAGCACAAGAGAGGGGGUUCUCUGAACAACAAGCCGGACACAAUGGACGUACCUCCCUUACCUCCCAGGAACAGGUCCUCUCCAGAUAUCUCCGAGCUAGACACAUCACCACCUGAGUCAAAAUUGCAAACGGCUCAAGUGGAGGAGAAAGCCGCUCUGGAGGACAAGACGGCGAAGAUAGUGCCAGAUGCUAAGCCGGCUGUUCACAACAGGGAAGAGCUCAGGGAGGAGCUAUCAAUGUCUACCAACUCUGCCAGAUCAGAUGCCACCCUAGUGAUCAAUGACAAGGACAAACGUACAUUCUCGCUGUCAGGCUCAAUUGAUGGUGCCCCCCAAGCCUUCAUCAAUAAAGAGCGGAGUGUGAGCUCCCCAUCCGCUAGUAGUGAUUGCAACGAUAGAGAUAAUGCUACCCCAUCGAGGCUCAUAGGAGAAUUUGGUCAUCAAAUGUCGCUACUGUUUCGUCAAGAGCUUCUCAACGUGUGUCAGACCAAGACAGACUCUCGUAUUGGAGUGGAGGUUGCAAAGCUCUCUGACCCUGAUCUGGACAUUGUGCAGUUGCUGGGCAGGUGUCUUCCUUACAUUGUGCCCAAUGUCAGUCUGGCCAAGAGAGAGGAAGUGAUCCCCAUACUACUGGUGGUGCUGGCCAAGCACCCGGACUCCAAAGUCAGGGACCAACUCAUGAGCAUAAUGUUCAACCUCAUUAAACGACCAGACAAGCAUCAACGUAUGGUCAUCAUGAGCAGUUGUGUGGCUUUUGCCAAACUCACAGAAGGGAACAGGGUUGAGAAUGAACUGCUGCCCCAGAUGUGGGAGCAGAUAAAUGACAAAUACUCUGAGAGAAGACUACUAGUAGCCGAGUCCUGUGGGGUCUUGGCACCUUACAUUCCAGCUGAGCUGCGAGGUUCUCUAGUUCUCUCCAUGCUUAAACAGAUGCUAUCGGAGGACCCAGCCGAGAGUGUCCGUCAAGCUGUGGCACGAUCACUAGGAAUCAUCGUGGCUUUCACAGACGAUGAGGCAAAGUUCAGCUCUUGCUGGGAGCUUCUCCUCAAAGCUAUCACCGAUCGCUCUCAACUUGUAGUGUCCACAACGUACUCGGUGUUGCUGCCGGCCCUAGCUGCAUGGGCUUUUGAGCUGGGAACUCUGGAGAAAGAGAUGCUCUCCUACUUCCUACACCAGCUGCUUACAUGUGUCAAGCAAGUGAAUCGGUCUGAUGGUGACAGUGGAGCCGUGGAGCAGUCCCAGCAUCACAUCCUCACCCUUACCCAUCUCAUUCCCUGGCACCUAGCCACAAUACUCCUGUCAGGUCCUUACCGUGACACCCUUUCAGAGAGUGAGGAGAGCACUCAGAAAGUGACGUUCCCCAAACCUAGUUCUCCGCUAUUAGACAUUGAGGUCAUCAUUGGAGAUAGCAGCAAGCUGACAGUAUUAGUGGCUGCUUUUCAGAAGGAGGUCAGCAGUGCAACUUACAAGCCAUGGACCAGUUUAGAGUGGUUCCAGAAUGAGUUUCUGAACAAGCUGGUGAGAGUGCUUGUGGCCCUGGGGUUUGAACAGCCUGAGCUGGUCCACAGACUCAUCCUCCUCCUCUCCAACUACUGCAUCUACUUGGGGCACACUUACACACAUGCUGUGAUCAUACCAUUCUUUGAGGUGUGUCUAAAGCUACCCCAAAAUGCUGGAAAAGCUCUGGCCGAAGGUUCCACAAAGGUCACGACUCCAGUACUGGUGGCCUACCUUGCAGGAGUACUGGCUACGUUCACAAAGGAUGAGAAGUUGCUCUGUGGCUACCUGCGUAGCAUCGUAGUAGACAUGGCUCUAUACUUUGCUCCAGUGGACAGCCUCGCCGCAUCUCUUUCAGAGCUCAAGAGAGAUCGGAAAUUGCACAUCAUUGUUUUAGGAGUGUUGCAGGAGCUGGCCACUCACUCAUCCUUCCAAGUUCGCCGCUACGUCGCCACCUUAUAUGGGGUGAUGGUGCGAGGGAUGGAAGAGUCACUGAUGAUGAAGACUGUGAUGCCCCAGUUGACCAAGCUAGCAAGAGACUCGGAAAUUUCAGUGAGAGUGGACACAAUUGCUAGCUUUGGCACGAUCAUGGAGACUGCUACCAGCAAAGAUAUCCUAGUUCGUGUUCACGAGCAGUUUGAGCUUUUUGUUGCCAAGGACCUGUCAAACGUUGACCACCAGCUCUUAAUGGGAGUGCUCAAAACACUGGCUAAGAUUGGACCCAGAGCUGACCCCGUGUUCAGGGAUGAAUUCAUCAUCCCUCGCCUUGGCAGCAUAGCAGAAGCCAACAACGUCUCCAGCAACAUCACAAAACGUAGAGAUGUUAUAGAUGGAUUGCUCGAGGCAUAUAAAAACAUAGCCGGUUGCUUUAUCUCUGUUGACCUGCUGGUCGCUUCUCUUCUGCCUGGUCUGGAGUGUCUUGAGCGAGACAUUAAAGAGCUUAACCCUGACAAAAUGUCGACAGUUGCAGAUUUGAUUUCCAAAUGCAACUCCAAAAUCACAGAGUACCAAAAACAAGACCAGUCGGCAGAACCGUCUGGAGUGAGUGGAGUGAGUGGACUUGACAAAAAAGCCAGUGCUUUCUUCAGCAAACUCAAACCAAACUUUGAUAGGUCAGACCUAGCCAUUUCACCAAGCAAGUUUUUUAAAAGAAGAAAUUAAUUUAAGUUACAGCACAUAGAUGUAUUUUUAUCAGUUUGUUGAUUCUUCCCUAGCACUGAAAUACGAAUGAGUUACUGAUUGCUUGAAUGCGUGCAUGUCCUCGUUUUUAUUUAGCAUCACAACAAUUGCCUAUCAAACAAUGAGCAUUUUGUUUAUCCCGACAAUUGAACGUGUGUUUUUAUUACCAAACUUGUAUUUGCAACAUUA